GCCUGCUGGACGUUUCACUAGCGGCCACGCGGCGUAUGUGUAAUAUUUGUUGGGCAGUCAACGCGUUUCAGACGAGAGACACGCGCUUAUUGGAUUUUUGGCGCAAGUAGCAAAAAGCCGGUUAAAGUGUUAAGAGCAUGUAAUUUUCUCCGUAUGUGUCUGUGUGCGGGUGUACAUGUGUGUGAGCUGAGGUAGAAAUACACUUGGCUACAGCAUUCAAAAAAAAGAAAAAAAGUGCAGAAACAAAGCAGCAGAAAUUCCAAGAAAAUUAACUUGGCGCAUUCUUGAACUGUUUAUUGUUGUUGUGCUGGCAACUGGGUUAAUUGAUGUGUGUGUGUGUGCGAAUUAUAACAAGCCAAAUACACUUAAGUACAAGCCCGCAAUGAAAGCGCAACAAUAGUUCGUGGCACGCGAUGAAUGCAACAAGAACAUCAACCGCAAUACUCAGACACAAGUGAAACCCCAAAACUAAGCUGAUAUUGUUCAUCAAAUCUGACAUAAUUUGUCUGCUUGGAACAGCAAGUGCUUAACAUGCCACAUAAAGCUAAAUAACUAAGGCAAGAUAAAAUCUUAGUUGAAGUUUGCCAUGGGGGCGUGACUAGGCGAGGCAAGACAACACCUUAGCUGGCAGGCAAGUAGUCACCUAGCCUUGGAGAGAGCAGCCAAUGCAAGCAGCACAGAAGCAACUAGCAACGACACAAAAUGCUGAUACUGCUGGCAUUGCUGAGUAUAUUUGGUAAUAGUCUCAUUGCUGGAGUCGAAGCGAAUCUGAGCUUAGGUUUUAAGGUCAUCAGACUGCCAAGGCAUAUAAAUCCCGCCAAUUGCAGCGUUGGCAACACAACAUUCGCACAUGGAGCCACAUUUAAAUUGGAUUGCAAAACCCAAUGCGUUUGCGAGAAUGGUCGCCAUGCCUGCUCCACGCUGUGUCCCAAUGAGCAGCUGCCGGCGCCGGAGGACACGAUUUCAUGCAGAUCACCGCGUCUGGUCGAGGUACCCGGCCACUGUUGCAAAAUGUGGCUCUGUGAGAAUCCAACAGCUGAUGUCUACGCCACCUGCCACAACAGCAGCAUCAGUGGCAAUUGGAGCGCCUGCAGUCGGGCAUGUGGCCUGGGCAUGGCCACAAGGCAGACGAGCACCCAUGCCGGCUGCCAUCAAUUGAGCAAUUUACGGCUUUGCGAGAAUCGCAGAUGUGUCCAGGACAAUAAGCGGAGCAACAGCAACAGCAACAGCAACGGCAACAGCAACAGCAAGAACAAUGCCAACAGCCACAAUAGACUAUUUAACAACUUGGCCAGAAGCCAGCUUCAUCAGCUGCAUCAUCAUAAGAGGAAUGGCCACGGCGUAGCGCUCGAUAUGCAACAGGAGCCCGCACACAGAAUUAGAAAGGGUCACGAGUGCCGCAGCUUGCAGCGCUUGGGCACUGCUCGGAUUCGCCUGGGCGAGUGCGUCUCACGUAAGCUCUAUCGUCCAAAGCUGUGCGGCAGCUGCCAUCGGGGCACCAAGUGCUGCAUUCCAGCUGUUUCCACAACAAUCCAAGUGGAGCUGCUGUGCCCUUUAAAUGCCGUUGAUCCAAUUAACUACGUACAAAAGCGCAUGCAACAGGACGAGGCAGCCGACAGUUGGCAACCGGAAGGACAGUUAUGGAACACCAUUGGCUUGGAGCCCAUCGAUCAGGAAUUUCUGCAAUCACAUCAAAUACAAAUUGAGAAUAAAUUCGUUGCCAUCGAGUGGAUACUAAAAUGUGAAUGCAGCAAGAAUUUUUGCAGCGCGGACAAAAAUCGAAAGCUGCCUUCAAAUGCAACCAAAUAUGCCAAGCACAGCAAGGGGCAGCAGAAGGAACGUUUACAUGCAACCAAGGUGCUACAAAAUGAGCUGAAAUCCAAAUAUGACGAACUGCAAGAUGUGUCAGGAUAUGAAGUCGAACAGCAGCAGCAGCAGCAGCAGCAGCAGGGGGCGAAUGUUAGGAAUGCGAAGAGCAAUGAGGAAAAUUCAUCAUCGGAACAACAGCCAGAUAUAAUACCCUAUCCGCUAGGCGUGGGCGAGAUCAGCUGGAAGAAGGAAAAACGGCAAAGAAAAGAGAAAGAAGAAGCAGCUGAUCAAGGGCAACAGUGGCAGCAACGCACAUAGCGUCAAGCGAGACUUGCAACAUUUUCCAAGCUAAAGAAGAAAAAGAAACAUGAUUGAUUGAUUCAGCUAAGCAGUUGAGUAGAACCUAAGAUUUGUACAGCAUAGCGAUAUAUUGAUAUAUAUAUAAAUGUAUUUUGAAUUUUGAACUAAACUGAGAUUAAGCUUGUAAAAAAACAAAACCAAUUUGGGAUAUGGUUUAGGAUUUGAGCUGAAAGAAAAAGCAUUAAGUGUAAUUAUGUGGAUAAAAAAGCGAGUUGAGAGCUGACGAUACGAAAUACCUAAACAGCAGAAAGGC